GCGGCUUAGCGCGCGGGGUUGUGCCCGCGGCGGUUCUGUGCCCGGCGCCCCCGCCAUGGCGGCGCAGCCCGCGCUCGGGCCGCGGAAGCGGAGCGGCCCGGGGUUGUGCGGGGCGGGCUGGGCCGGGGCCGCCCCUCCGGCCGCGGCGGGCCGCGGCGGAGCCCUGGAGAACGGCUUCCCGCCACACAAGCGCCCCAAGAGCGCGGGGCCGGCGGGGCGCCAGGAGGGGCCGGGAGACCUCUUCGGAGACAAUGACGACUUUACGGCGGACGACCUGGAAGAGAUCGACAUCUUGGCUUCGCAGGCGCUGUCCCAGGAGGCCGCUGCCGGGCCUCCGAAACACGCGUGGGGCGGGUUCGGACCGAGCGGCGCCGAGCGGCGGGCGGCGGCGGGGCUGCCCCGGGGCGGAGCUCCCGCGGCGGGGAGGAAGCUGGCAGUAAGCAGUACAGAAGAUAGUCUGGUGAGAGAUGCCUUCCAGUUUGAAGUCCUGCAAACACAGCAUGAGGAAAUUAAACAGAAGCUGAAAGAAAUGCAGGAUGAAAUUCUUACUAAAAAUGGAGAAAUUAAAAUUUUGCGUGACUCGAUGCAGCAGAUGGAGUAUGCUAUGGAGGAACAGAAGAGAUCAUACAUGCUAUUGGAACAGCAAAAAUCUCAGAUCUUAAGUGAAAAAGAAAAAGAGUUCUCCAAAAAGUUGCUGUCAUUACAGUCAGAGCUGCAGUUCAAAGAUGCAGAAAUGAAUGAAUUAAGAACACAACUUCAGAACUGUGAAAGAAAUAAGCAUGUUAUUCAGACAGUUUUAACACCAAGCCCUAAAAAGAACUUUGCAGUACAAGUGAUACCAGAAGGAUGUUCUCCACAGCCUGGAAAAAGAUCUUUUCCUACAAAGGAAUCCUUCAAUGCUGACAUGUCUGCUAGACCAUCGUGUUCUUCAGGAAAUUUGAUUGCCCCAACUACUUUGAUCAAAGAAGAUAGUAAGAUAACCCAUCCUGAAGUGUUACCCGUGAAGCAUGAAGCUAUGGGAAAAAAUGGUUCCUACAACUCUGUACCUAAACGAAAUGCACAAGGUUCUAUCUUACUAAAUGCACUGAUGAAACAGCCCAUUGUCCCUGGGUCAUUACUAGGACUCUGCCAUCUCCUUAGCAGUAACUCUGAGCCUCUACCUGGAGCUGUAUUGCAGCCCAACUAUUUGGAUACGAAGUCCACACACUUACCUAGCAGCAGGACAACUCAAGAAGAAAAUGCUCCUCUUGGAUCCUUGCAAGAAGCUCAAAAACUUGCAGUAACAGGAUUGAACUUGAUUGCUAUGGAUGGAGGAUUAUCUGAAGGAAGCCCAAUAGAAAGCCAGAGAGAGUUCUUGCACAUCACACGCUGCAAGAUCCAAGGUGCCGUGCACCUCUUGCCCUUGGUAGAACACCAUAUUGGUGCGUACUGUCAAGCGGUACAACUGGCAGACAAAUCAGUAAAUGGUUCUUGUGGAAACCAUUCAGCUGCUUCUUCCAGAACCAACACAAAUAUGGUGUCAAGUAAGGAGGACUUCAGGUUACCUCUUGAAGAAACUGCAGUUAUUUCGCUGGGUAUUCUGUAUUAUUUGACGUUCUAUAGCUGGGAUGUUGUCCACAUGUUGCUAUCUACUGAAGUGGAAGAAAGUGCUGCUGCUAGAGAUGAACAGGUUUCCAAGAUGGACAAAAAGGUGUUGUGUGAUAACCAGUGUGAUAAUAAAGAAGAUACCGGGGCACAAGGAGGGCUGCCUGUAGCUCCACAGGAUGCUCCCAAUAACAAUAAACCUCAACAUUCUUUAUUUAAAAAGCUGCUUCAGGUUUUAGCUUUUUCUGCUGCAAAAGGCUCCCAGACCGAUAGGAUACUGAACCAAAGCCUAAAGGUUUUGGUGAAAUUAGCUGAAAAUUCAACGAUGGACUUGCUAAUAAUUUUUCAGCACUUACUGAGUAGCCAGAUACUGCUCCAUUGUCUGUGUCCAGAGACCCCUUUGCCUGCUGUCCUUUUGACCGUGAAACUGUUAUCUAUUCUUGCUCAACACCAUACACUGGUUGUUCAACUUUGUUCUCAUUCAGACACCUGCCUUCUUCUUGCCCUGUACAUGUAUAUUACAUCAAGACCAGAUAAAGCAGCGUCUGAAGUGCUUUGGCUUCAGCUGGAACAAGAGACAGUUAGACUCCUGACAAGGUGUUCCAGUGCAGCAGUUUUAUUACCUGGUACAGAGUGCCAGUGUAACCUCGAGGUGGUUAAGGCACUAAUUAUAAUGUUACAUAGACAGUGGAUGAAGAUUAGAAGAUCUGAGAACAGCUUGUGUGCACAUAAGGAACAAAUUAUUCAGUUUUUACGGGAUGCUUUUUUACUCUUGCACAGCCUAUCUCAGAAAGAUAAACUGUUUCAUGAACACUGUUUGGAAGUUCUCCAUCAAUAUGACCAAGCCAUGCCAGGCAUAAGAGCAAUUCUCAGAAAGACUCAAAAAUUGAGUGCUUGUGAAGAGCUGAUUUUGGAUGAAUUGUGUCCUCCUGAGCCAGAAGCAGAAGAGCAAAGAAUGGAUUCCAGCUAGCUAACAUCUAGCAAAGAUCUGUGUCCUUCCUCAUCUAAAUCAUAAUCAUUGCCACUGUAAAUGAGAAAUUCCAAUCAUCUAUUUUAUUAAGUGAUAAUCUAAAGGCUGCACUCAAAUGCAGCACAACUAAGGCAUUUCUUUGUUGUGAUUAUUUUAUUUAAGUGCCAUCUAAACAUAGGUGGAAGCACAGAAAUUUUGCACUAAAAAUUAUACUGCAAUGUACUGUUUUGCUGUACAAACCCACUCAGUGGCUUAUGACCAAUUCCACUUACGAAAGUCUUUUGAACACAUUUGUUUCUUUGUAGCUGUAGCACUUUCUUGCUUGACUUCCAAAUUUUUCAUGUUGAUAUUAGUAAACAGUUUACUGUGAUUUUAAGAACCUUUCUACAAAUAACUUAUAGUUGGCAGCUCAGUUCUGAGCAAGAAAUUCAAAGCCCUGUAGUGAUCGCCUGAGUUGAUAAUUUUUCUCAAUUUCAUGGAUCUGCUGAAAGAAUAACUAUUGUUGAGAUGCCAAAACAAAAAAUACUAGAACUUGCUGUUUUAAAAAGCUACCUGUCCUGGUAGAAGAGAAAGAUGGUAACAUUGCGAAGGCAUUCUGUCUUACUUGGCAAGAGAAAGAUGUGCAGAAUAACGGGGGUUUUUGGUUGUAGUAUCUGGAUAGGCACCACAGUGAAGAUGAAGGAGCAUCGCAUUGGCUGGGAUACAGCACUGAAGAUUGGAGGAAGAACUGUUGCUAUACCCUUUCAAGGGCCAGAGCUCCUAAGUACAAAGCUUCACUCCUUCCUCCCACAACACAGCCUAGGGCUAAGCCUCCUUCUCUUUGAGCAACAGCUGGCAGAGCUCUCACAGGCAUGGCCUAUUCGUUUCUGUACAGCACAAGCUGCCAACUACUCUUGUCAGGAACAGGUUUCAAGUUCCUUGUAGCAGCUUGGAGAACUGCCAUUUUCCUGCUUAACUGCAGCAAGGAUGGAUGUGCAGGCACAUAAUAGCAAAGCCUUCUAAGUUUGUGUGCUUGCAUGGUAAUAACCCUAGAACUGCCACCAUGGCACUGGGCAAGACAUGCUACAGAAGUUUCAAUGUGACCUAAACCCAUUUGACUUGUUCACUUUAGAAAAACCAAGCACGCCUCCCCCCAAAAAAAACCCCAAACCAAACCCCACAGCAUUUCCUGGACUUCAGGAUUAGAGAGAAGAGCUUGGGAAUGUUGGGUAAAAGCUCCUUCCUUACUCAAACCCAAAAUAAACAUUAAGGUAAUUCUUUAAAAAUAGCCUUAUGAACACGAGCAGGGGUAAAGCAGAUCUGGCAGUUAGCCUGCUGUUAGUGGCGGUUAAAAGAUAGAGUUGCUAUAUCCCAAAAUUCAAUGACCUGCCAUCAUCACUUUUCAGCUGCUCUAUGCUAUUCUCACCAUCUAAUUUCUCUAUAUAUAAUUUGAGUUUAUAGUGAUAACAUACAUUUAUACCUGAUCUUUGGGUGAAUAGGCCAAGUGAAUUAUGAAGAGUAGCUUGGACAAAAAUGAGUUGAGGAAUCCAGAACUGUUGAAGCAAUCCAGUUAUAAAAACUUGUUUAAAAAAAUUCCCGGCCUCAUCUAAGGGGCAUGUAUAUGACAACUUGGUAAAAGUGAGAAGUGUAUUACUGCUAAACUUUAUAUAGACAGAAGUGUUAUGUGUGGAAAAAAAUACUAAGAAAAUAACCCUAAGCUGUUCCCUUCUGGUACUGCAUCCCCUCCCAUCCACCCACUGUAACAGACAACACCCUAACCUGUACAUCUGCACUUAUUUUCUUCCCACUUUUGACUUUAAAGUGGUAUAGCCCAGGCUAUACCUGGGCAAGAUUGUACUUCAGUAAUUCUUCCCUUUUUACAUUCUCAUUCAACUUUUUCUUGGGAUUAAAGAGAUCCAUUCGCAUAUGCAACAGUUGAUCAUCCCCUGAAAAAAACCAAAGCAUUUUUACAGAUUAUGGGGCUACUGGUUUGCUAUCUUCGUGACUUAAAAACAGCAGAACGCAGACUGUUCUCAUCAGACACUCCCUGAACAAUCCACAGCAUAGCAGCUCUAUUUUUUCAAGGCCAAUAGGCAUUUUCCCAACAUAUUAUAGAUAAGCUGUGCCUCUCAACUAAGGAAUUUACUCUGGCAUCAAGCACAGCUACAGGGCUGAAUAAUGAAGUAUUGAGCAACAACAAAACUCACCAGUUGUGUUCUAUGCAUGAUUAUCACAUUCCUCAGUCAGUAGCAGCCACCUAUUUUCUUGCUCAUGGGGAUGGCAACUCCAGCUCCUCCUCUGCUAAGCGUUUUCCUCCUCCAGCAACCAAGGAGACAGGACUAAUGCCAGGCAGGAGCUGGAUGAAGAAAGCAAUCACCACUACUAGCUUACCCAUUUCUCAGGCAACUUUACACAAAAAGGAGGAGAACAGCCUUGCUGACGUGUAUUUCAAGACGUACAGACAGUACCCCUUGAUCAGUUGCAGCACAGGAGAAAGUAUCAUUGUGUUGCUAAGCAUCUUCCUGUGGCGAUCCAAGGACUUGAGGUACUGCAUGGAUUCAAACACAUUGUUUAUUUCUACUAAAGCUAGGUACAGAAUACAGUAAAUGAUGCAUCAUUGACUAAAAUAUUUAGGGAAUUUGCACUGGUAACACCUUAUUUUCUACAACUCAUGGAAUCAUUGAAGAGUUGGGAUUGUAAGGGGCCUCUGUAGGUCAUCUAGUCCAGCCCUGAGUAAAAGCAAACUUCCAGAGACAACUGGUUUGUGUCAUGUCAGGCCUCAAAAUGCCUUUUUAUAAACCAAGCUGUAAUAAGACAAAUACAAAAUACCUCAUCAUGUAACAUGCAACAUCUGACCAGAGUUGUGUUUAUUCAUAUUGAUCCCACUAGUGUGACCUACUGCUUAAGAAAGUUUAGCCUGUGCUAGACUAUUAAAACAGCAAGUUAUUUUAACUACUGAA